UGGAUGUGAAGAUGGCGGACGACGAGGCCGAGCAGGACCGGAGUACCGCUGGACAGACCGACCGGGCGAUCCUGGAGCUCCGAGAGCGGCUGCAGCGGCUGCAGGAAGGCGUCGCCGGAGACGCGGCCGGCGGUCCGGUGCAGUCCUCCUCCGAGUACUGCCAGGAGUUCUGUCGGACGCUGCUGGAGUACGCCGGCCGUUGGAAGGUAGAAGAAGACCCUCUGCCGCUGGUGGAGGUGUACAUCGUGGGCCUGCUGAGUUACGCCCAGGCCUCCCAGUACCUCUCGCUGCAGUGUGAAAACGUGCCUCUGGUGGCGGAGAGGCUCUCACUGAGUUUUCUGGAGCUGUUGCUCUCCCUGAAGGACGUCCCCGAUGGCGUCUGGCAACAGUUCAAGCUGUCUGUGCAGUUUGCUCACAGUAAGCUUGAGGAGAACGGGAUGUCUCAGCUGUCGCUGCUGUCCACUCUGGGCCAGUAUGACGGCGUUUGGACCAGCAGCGUCCUGCAGAGCCUGCUGUCCGACCAGAGCCUGCAGCCGGACGACGUGGAGCGGUUCCUGGUGCAGGAGGGCCCGGUGCUGCUGGAGAUGAGGGUGAAGCAGCUGAUGAAGGAGCAGCAGCUGGUGAAGGCCGCCCGGCUGGCUAAGACCUGCGCCGAGGCUCUCGGCCUCCAGGGGAAGGGCCCCUUCAAGCAGAUCUACCUGGUCUGCCUCUGCGCCACGUCGGAGCAGGACCAGCUCAUGGAGCAGCUUGCGAAGGAGGACUGCAGAGAAGUGCUGGAGAUGAUCUGUAACCUGGAGUCUGAAGGAGACGACCGGGCAGCGUUCAGCCUCUGCUCAGCCUUUCUGACCCGCCAGCUUCUGCAAGGAGACACCUACUGCGCCUGGGAGCUGACGCUGUUUUGGAGCAAGCUGCUGAAGCGACUGGAGCCUUCAGAGCAGACCUUCCUCAACAGCUGCCGCCAGAUGUCGCUGAUCUCCAAAACCGUUUACCACAUCCUCUUCCUCAUCAAGGUCAUCCAGUCAGAGGUUGACGACGCUGGCUUACCUGUGUGCAUCGAAAUGUGCAUGAGGGCUCUGCGGAUGGACACCGACGACGGGAAUAUGAAAGCCACUGUAUGUAAAACUGUUUCCUGUCUGCUCCCAAACGACCUGGAAGUGAAGCGAGCUUGUCAGCUGACGGAAUUCCUCCUGGAGCCCACGGUGGACUCGUACUACGCCGUAGAGACUCUUUACAAUGAGCCGGAUCAGAAGCUGGAGGAGGAGAGCAUGCCCAUUCCCAACUCGCUACGCUGUGACCUCCUGCUGGUCUUCAAAACCCAGUGGCCCUUCGACCCCGAGUUUUGGGACUGGAAAACACUGAAACGCCACUGCUUGGCACUAAUGGGCGAAGAAGCCUCGAUAGUGUCGUCUAUCGACUUGCUGAAUGACACGGAAAGCCCCGAAGAAGACGAGGACUUUCAGAGUCUCAAGGAGUUUGAUAAUAUCCCCAGUCACUUGAUCGAGGGCACGUACGACCUUGACGAUAUGACGGACAAGAAACGGAAGAACAGAGAAAUGAAGAAACUGAGGGAGAAGGGUUUUAUAUCUGCCAGGUUUAGGAACUGGCAGGCCUACAUGCAAUACUGUGUGUUAUGUGACAAAGAGUUUCUUGGCCACAGGAUUGUGCGUCACGCGCAGAUCCACCAAAGCGGAGGCAUAUACACCUGCCCCAUAUGUGCCCAAACCUUCAGUUCUAAAGACACUUUGAUUCCCCACGUCACCUCGCACGUGAAGCAGUCCUGCAAGGAAAGGCUGACGGCGAUGAAAACCAGCAGGCGGCUGGCCGAGUCCAAAACGGCUGCCCCCGUCGUUGCGGCGUUGACCCACAAUGCCCAAACACAAAACGGACUUCUCAAAAACGACGACUCGUCAGACCAGAAGACGACCUCGAUUCCUAGCGUCAAAGCCACGGCAUGUCAAGGCAGCGCAGACGUCUGCGAAGGGAACGUCUGCCCUGUGGGAACGUGCCGGAGAAGCUUCAAGUUCUUAAAAAAUCUGAUUGCACAUGUUAAAACCCACAGGGACGACGACGAGGCCAAGACGUUCCUGGAGAUGCAGAGCAAGAAGGUGAUUUGCCAGUACUGCCGUCGCCACUUCAUUAGCGUCACCCACCUCAACAACCACCUGCAGGUCCACUGCGGGGCCAAGCCGUACAUCUGUAUCCAGCUGAACUGCAAGGCCAGCUUCCUGUCCAACGCUGAACUCCUCGUACAUAAAAAGACGCACUCGUUUUUCAGAGCUAGAUGCAUGUUCCCAAACUGUGGGAAAAUCUUCAACGAGGCGUUUAGGCUGUACGACCAUGAGGCCCAACAUUAUAAAACGUUUACAUGCAAAGUUGCAGACUGUGGAAAGGUGUUCCACUCGCAGCAGCAGCUGGAUUUGCAUCAGCAGAAGCACGUUGCCGAAGAGGAGAGUUCUGAGAGUUUGGAGCAGCCGACGCAAAUUAAGAAACCUGGUCCGUCACUCAUAGAACAGAUGCUGCGCAGUCCACCUUCCUCCUCCAACCAAGGAAGCUUCCAGAGCAACUGGAACGCUGGAAGUGCCGACCAUAGAGAUCCUGUGAGGCAGCCGACGUCCAUAGAGGAAUUGCUUAGAUCUCCACCAAAGCCCCUGGAGACAGUGGGUCAACAUGGAGUCAACCCAAAACCACAAAAUACAAGUUGUCCCUCUGGUCAUGCUCAAAGCUUAAACAAUUCGGUCAUUCAGUCUGUACAUUCCCACCUGUCGGAAACAACGGGACUCCGAGAUGAUCCCGGUGGUUCCUCUUUUGACUAUGUGAGGCCCCCCCAACAGAAUCAGCCAGCACCUCCGCUUGAAGCCCAUAUUGGAAAUGUCCUGCAGAGCCAGCCACAAAUGUACCCAAAUACUGUCAAUAACGCAGCCCUUAACUACAGUCAUGUCAGUAACUUGCCGUUGCCAGUUCAUCAAGGGCCGGUGUGUAGCACUAAUACUGGCCUGUCAACAGCUCCACAGGCGCUGAACUCAACAAAACCCCAACCAGUGUCCCAACCUCUCCCCCCGACAGUGAACUCUCAGCAGCUUACAGGGAACAAAUCUGAGAACCUUGUUAGCUCCUCCAGCAGCACCGGCCCCCCUCCAGGGCUGAGAGAGCGAUUCCACUGUGCUUUGGAGACGUGCAUACGACACUACAGCACUCCCAGGAGCGUUAGCAAACACAUGAAAGCUGUUCACCCAGAUUUCUAUGAGCAAUGGAAGCUCGCUCGAACUAAAUUCAAGAUCACUUAUGCACCAGCACCAAAGACCCAGAUUGUGGGGAACGUGAGCUCGGCCGCCUUGGUUCAGAACCAGAAGGCCAGCAGAGAAGCGGUCCAAGCAGUUCAGAGGCAGAAUGUUAUUCAGUCGCCUCCUUAUGCUAACAUGACCACAGGUUCAAAUUUCAACAGCCAGAAUUUGUUACCUUCACCUGCCCUCAGUGGCUCAGUUCUCAUGUCAGAUGUUCUGAAUCAUAUUGUCGUUUCCCAGCUAAGAAGUGAUGGAAUCCAAGACACUGCACAGUCACAGUCGUCGGACGGUCAGAAUUGGCAAACACUUGCAGGAGGCGAGCAAAGUCUGAAAUGUCCCCCCUCUAUAAUCUACCCUCCCGGUUUGCAGGCAGUGCCGCAAGCCAGUCCAGCAUGUGUCCCUCUACCUCCCACCAGCCCCUCCUGCUCUAUGAUGGCAGCAGGUCUGAGCAGACCAGCCGAGUCCUUGCAGUCACCACUGCUUGACAGUAGGAACCAGCCACUCCUUCCCCAGCAUGUCAGUGAUGCAAAGGAGAUGCUGCCGCAGGUCGAAGCCUUUCCGCCGUACGCGGUGCAGAUGCAAAGUAGUCAAGCACCCGUUUCACAGACACCGGAGGAAGCAAACGCCAUUCAGAAUCAUUUACAGCCUAGUUUUCCUUCCGCUGUCGGUGAAAACCAGAACAACGUUAACAGCCACUAUCCGAACGGUCUGUUCAUGCCUGAAAACGGCCCUGACAAGCCAGCCCGUAAAAGCAGAAGGCCGAAAUGGCCCGCGAUUGUCAAAGAUGGCAAAUUUGUUUGUUGUAGGUGUUUUAGAGAAUUCGAUAACCCCAGAUCUCUCGGGGGCCAUUUAUCUAAGCGUGCAGUUUGCAAACCGUACGAUGAAUUAGAACUGAACACAGACUUACCAAGAUCAUUCCUUGAUCUUCUCCACUCAGAACAGACGGGUAACGUCCCUCAAUCACAGAUGUCCUACAAUGGUACUGCUGCAGCUGUUUAUCAGGAGAAGCCACAUAUGUCAGUGACUGCUGCUCCUUCAGCAGCAACAAACGAUUAUUCUGCCCCCAGUUACUCGCAAGAUGACUUGCCAGCAUAUGGGAGUGAUGAAGCAGACGAUAUUUUCCGGCAAAUAAUGGCAGAGUCCAGUGCGUCUGAUUUGUUUUUGCAGUCACCUCCUGCUCAGACAUUGUUCCAAAACCGCUGCCCUCCCUUUGGCGCCACUUUACCAGGUAGCUCAGUAAUACAGCACACAGAAAACGUCCAGCUGAAGCAAGAAGACAACCUCUACAGCACCCAUUAUCCUCAGACAAACAUCGAUACAUUUACUGGAAACAAAUUCCCAAACCCACUUCUUACCCAAAUGCUCACAGGAAACCCUUCUACUGCCAUUCCAGGUAGCGCUCCCCUAAAUCACACUGCUGCCGGGGAAGUCCAUAGCAAAGGGUAUCACUCCAGGACAGCCGUCCAGACACCCGACACAGCCCCACCUCCACUCACACAAGCACUGUUACCCGAUCGUCAACGCGCUCCACCAACAGGUAGUAAUUCUGCUGAGGCGGAGCGUAAAACAGCUGAACAAGAUAUUAAAAAAAGGCUGCGUGAGCAGAUUUUAUCAGGCGACUUUCAACGUAGAAAUGGCAUUUUUCAUUCUGGCAGCGCUGACCAAAAUCCUAGUUCCAUUUCUCUGGGUCCCCCCGGCAACUCUCCUGAUAAUUCAGCUUUGAAGCCAACAGUGAGAAGCGCAAACAGUGACUCGACAAGUAAAGGGAAAAUCCAUCAUGAAAAAUGUGCAAUUAUGCCUGGGACCUCAGGAGAAAUCGAACAACUGCUGAAAACACAAAGCUUUACGCAUUUCAGAGAUGGUGCUAUCCAACAGCAGGAGGUGCUGAGUCCCAUGGGCACUGUGGCAAAUGAGCCAGACUCUGAACCAGCUCAGUUAUCAGCCAGUCAGCAACGAUCCAUGUCAGAAAUUCAGUGUGCAUUUGAAAAGCUCGAUUUGAUCAGAGAAAGAGCUGAUCAGAUGAAGCAAGCUAAUUCCACUAACGGUGUCAAUAAAGAGCAAAGAGCAGCAGCAAAGACUAAACCGCGUAAAUUGGUGCAGUCAGACUUAAUCAAGCCGUAUCACUGUGAGAGUGAAGGCUGCACACUGAGUUUCAUGACUGGGGACACGCUUUGGAGGCACCUCGCUAAAGUUCACAAUUACACUCUUGAGAUGGUGAAUGUGGUUAAGAAAAGGUUAGGCCUGUAUGCUCCCUUCAAGUGCCAGAAGUGUCCCAAGGCGUUUACUCGAAAUUCAAACCUUCGUAUUCACUACCAGUCUGCCCACAAAUUGUCCUUUGAGGAGAUUGCAGAUUUAGAUAUGAUGCGCAGGAAUACUAAAGUUACUGAUUCUGUCACUGUUGUAAACCAGACUGUUGGCACCAACCAGGCAACACCUGCAGCAGCUACAGCAGCUACUCACUCCUCCACAGACAGUCACAUGCACCCUUAUUUUGGCCAAGAUGCAGUGAAACAGGAGUGCAUUCCACAGGGCCUGAUGCCUUGCCCAAACAUAGCGAAUGAAAAAUCUCAAGAGGACAAUCGCUCCUCAGUCAUUUGUUCCCUGCAAGCUGCUCCCAUGCACAACCAACCAAUGCCUAUGACAGUACCUGCCAGCCAGUCAGCUCAGACAGGGACGGCAGCACCUCAGUGGCCACAAGCUCACCCAGGAAACCAGCCCAAAAUCCCCCCAGUGAGCCAAGCUGCUGUUCCUCCCAACCCGGUUCAAUCUGCCCCACAGCUGGUCAACGGGCUUCAUCCUGUCAAACAGUCAGUGUCCAGUACGCCAGUAGUAAUUAAGCCCAGUGUGGACGCCACCAAGAAGGUGAAAGAGAGAAAGCCCAAGUCGGGGGACUCCACGAGUCGGUACAGACCGUACUGCUGUGUCCAUCAGGGCUGUGUGGCGGCCUUCACCAUCCAGCAUAACCUCAUCCUUCACUACAGGGCCGUACAUCAGUCUGCUCUGUCGGCCCUGGAGGUCAACCGAGAGCAGGACCAGUGUGAAGAAGCGUGUGAGACCACGAACGAAGAGGAGGAAGAGGCAGAGAUGGAGUACCCCCACAUUUCGGAGUUCCGUUGCCAAGUCAAAGAUUGCUGCUGCGUGUUCCAGUUUGUUCCCAACCUGUUCCAGCAUUACGUCCAGCUGCACAAAUUCCCCCUCGACAAGAUCAUCAGCAUCUUAACCAGCAUAACGCUUGGCAAGUUUACCUGCGGCCACCAGGGAUGCACGGAGUCCUUCACUAAUUUCUGGAAAUUCAUAAAACACGUCAAAGAAAUGCAUAAAGAUAUAAAGUUCGCCAAGCCUGAAUCGUUCGUUUCAUUUAAGUGUGAAAUCGAGGGCUGCGACCGUUCGUACGCCACAAAGUCGAACCUUCUCCGGCACACCAUGAAAAAGCAUCAGGACCUGUCCCAGCCCAAACUGAAGAACCAAGACAUCAAAGAAGAACCUGUCAAACAGAGCUCAAAGACCUUACAUUACCCCAUCCCGAAAACAAGUAACGGUAAAGAAAACAUCGAGAGCAACAAGAAGCUCUUGUCCAGGGCGCGCCACACAAAACGAGCUCCGAAGUCAAAGAUCAGCCACUGGGCUAAAUAUGGGAAGCCAUCCUUGAAAUCUAAAGUAGAAGCAUCGGCAAUGUGCACAAAGAAGUCUACUCUGCAGUACCCCUGCAUGAUCAAAGGCUGCGAGUCGGUCAUGAAGUCGGAGCGGCACAUCGUGAAGCACUACAUCGGCCACGGACUGUCGGCAAAGUACCUGGAGCAGCAGAGGAGCCACUUCAUAUUCUGUAAGAAGUUCCCCAAGCAGCGGUGCCGCCAUGUCAGGACUGACGACUCCAAAUCGGACAACACCUCGGACCUCUCGGACAGCGAGCCGGCGCCAGAGGCGGCCGUGGAAGCAGGAGGCGGCGGCGAGAAUGACUCUGUUCAGCCUAUUCUGCGCAGAAGGGCCACCUCCAUAAACCCCAUCGUGUUGAUCCGCAAAAUGUCAAGCGAGAGCACCAACGGCACCGUGAUACUCAAACGCAAGCGAGGUCGCCCCAAAAAGUUCCUGGACAAAAUAGUGAAGCGUAAGAAGAUCCGACUGGCCAAAGCCGACGCGGUGACGAACAAGACCGACGCCGUGUUUCCCGCGAAGGACGAUGUGUCGCGCGAGGAGGCGGGCGAGGAGGCGGGCGAGGAGACCGCCCCUCUGUCCUCCUUCAAACCGAUGGGAUUCGAAGUGUCCUUCUUAAAGUUCCUGGAGCGGUCCAACCAACCGGGACCACCGCUGACCGUCCCGAGGGACGCCUGGAGGAACCUGUCCGGCCCGCACGUCGCCGACACCUGUGUCUGGUUCAGCAACCCCGGGAACCUGAAGCCUCUGGGGAGGGUCCGGAUCCACUUCGACGCGGCCUUCGCCAGCGUGUCGGGCCUCAUGUUGAAGCAGCUGCAGGGCAUGCAGCCGGCCGUGGUGUUGACCAAGACGGUCUGACGUCCUCCGGGGCGGCGCUAAAGCAGAAUCUCAGGACUGGAGCGAGUUCGAACCCGCGGCCGGCUGCUGGCCUGCAUCGAACUUUCUUUUCUGUGUUUUUUUUUUUUAUCACAUCUGAUAAACCUUUCUGAGCUGCAUUACCUGUAAAUGAGUUUGUCUUUUUUGAUAUGGAAUGUGAAGCAUGUUUUCAUGAAGUCCAAACGAACUCUCAGCCGUGAUGUGGACAUAGGUCUUAUGAUCCCUGUGGGACGUGGAGAGGACGAUCGUGAAGUGGUGUGUAGUUUGUGGUUUGGAGACGUGGACUACUGUGUGUUGUGUGUAUAUAGUUGGUUUUUGCCCACUGCCACCAGCAGUCCUGCUGUUCUUCAGUUGUUGUUUUUUUACUGCCAUCUGGACUUGCUCUUGCAGCAACGCCGCAGCUCAGGAAUCGUUAGCGUGGCGCCGCAGCUGGAAGGCAAACUUUUUAAAUUAUUCUGAACAAAACAAGCUCGUGAGUGUUUUGUAGUGUUUCCCUCAUUUGUAAGAUUUUCUAUCUGAAAACCACCAGAUACAAUCAUUAUUUAAUUUUUCUUUUGUCGAAGCGUUUCAGACAGGCCUUCUACCAAUAAACAUGUAUAAAUCAUACAUGACAUGAAAAAAACGGUGUGGUCUCUUUAUUCUCUUAAUUGAAAUGCUGUCUUUACACCAGUGAGAUUAGAU